AUGAUGAAUAGUGUCCAACCGGUUGUACAUUAGCGUUUCUCACAGAUGAAAUAUACCACUCUCAUUCUCUCAAACAAUCCUCUCUCCCCGUAUUUCCGGAAAGCUUUGCAUUUUCCGAAGCUGAGAUUUCGUUCGAAUUUUCUCAAAAAUCCAAAGGUAACGAUCGUCUUUGUUGGAUGCUUUUAGUUUCAACUUGUGAACCAAGGAAUGAGUAACCAUCAAGGGUUUAGGAGAUUGAAAGAUCUCAUGUUUAAAAGUGAGAAUCGUGUAUGUGCAGAUUGUGGUGCUCCAGAUCCUAAAUGGGCGUCAGCAAAUAUUGGGGUAUUCAUCUGCUUAAAAUGUAGCAGUGUGCACAGAAGUCUUGGUCCACAUAUCUCAAAGGUCUUAUCUGUGACACUAGACGAAUGGUCUGAGGAUGAAAUUGAAUCCAUCAUUGACGUUGGUGGAAAUUCUGCAGCAAAUGCCAUUUAUGAAGCUUCCUUGCCCGAUGGAUUUUCUAAGCCUGGUCCGAAUGCAAGUAAUGAUGAACGUUUGAAUUUCAUUAGGUCAAAGUAUGAACGGCAAGAAUUUUUGAAACCGAGCUUGCGAAUUACCUCAUUUGCUUCCGGAAGAAGUUCGCACACUAGUUUUUCUAGAAGGAUUUUGGAUAGCUUCCUUGAUAUAAACAUCUUAAAGAAGACGGAAAACAACGAGGAACUCGUUGGAUUUUUGAAAGUUAAAGUCAUAAAGGGCACGGAUUUAGCCAUUAGAGAUAUGCUAACUAGUGAUCCUUAUGUUAUCCUUAUACUUGGGCAACAGAAGGUUCAGACGACUGUUGUAAAGAGCAAUUUGAAUCCAGUUUGGAAUGAGAUUCUUACACUAUCAAUUCCUGAGAACUGCGGGUCUGUGAAACUGCAAGUCUUUGAUCAUGACAUGUUCUCGGCGGAUGACAUCAUGGGAGAAGCUGAGAUUGAUAUCCAGCCAUUGGUCACAGCAGCAACAGCAUAUGGAGACAUUUCCCAGUUCGGAAAUAUGCAAGUAGGGAAAUGGUUGAAAUCGAAUGACAAUGCGCUCAUCAAUGAUAGUAUCAUCAACAUUGUCGAUGGGAAGGUAAGACAGGAGGUAUUACUCAAGCUCCAGAAUGUGGAAUGUGGAGAACUUCAGCUAGAAUUGGAAUGGAUUCCACUAGAUCAAUGAGUCCAAUGAUCAUUGUUUAUAUACUAUUGUUUGAUGGGAGGAGAUCCCACUUUUUGUUUGAUGAUCCAAACCUUUCAUUCAUUAGUAGGGCUCUAGAAAUGGACCAUACACCAAAAAUUGUAGAGACGGACAAUCCCUGCCACACUAAAACUGCCAUUUAAUCACCACUACCAUAUUUUAUA